GUUUAUAUAUCUGUCUCGUUGUUCUGACUGUCUGUACUCAGCAGCUGGUGAAGUUAAGUGAAAGCUAAAAUAUGGAGGACAACAUAGACGUGGAAGCUGGAGAAAAUCAAUUUCAACCUUAUUUAGACGCUCUACGGAAGGAGUUAGAACACCAAGACCCCAUAUUUAUUAUCGGAAUUAUAAUUUCUUUGGCUGUUGUUGUCAUUAGUUUUGUGUUGUUGAAGUACUUCCUGAGCAGCAAAACUGUCCAAAGUGCUGUGCUGCUGGUUGGUCUCUGCGAUUCUGGAAAGACCCUCCUCUUUAGUCGAUUGUUGUCAGGAAAGUUCAAGAAGACCCAGACCUCCAUCACAGACAGCAGUGCCCCCUACAAAGCCAAGAACGAGAAGGGCAGCAGCUGGACCCUGAUCGACCUCCCUGGACAUGACAGUCUUCGUCCGCAGUAUGUGGAGAAGUUCAAGUCAGCAGCCAGGGCCAUAGUCUUUGUGGUGGACAGUGCCAUCUUCCAGAAGGAAGUGAGAGAUGUGGCUGAGUUCCUGUACUUCCUGUUGACUGACAGUGCAGUGUCCAGGAAUGUCCCCUCUCUGAUAGUGGCCUGCAACAAGCAAGAUAUCACCAUGGCAAAAUCUGCUAAGCUGAUUCAGCAGCAGCUGGAGAAAGAGAUGAACACAUUGAGAGUGACACGGUCUGCGGCUCUGGGCACCCAGGACGGGUCAGCGGGGUCCAGCGUGCACCUGGGGAAGAAGGGCAAGGACUUCGAGUUCAGCCAGCUGCCCAUGAAGGUGGAGUUCCUGGAGUGCAGUGCCCGCGGCAGCAAAGGGGAGAACGGGCAGGCAGACAUCGGCAGCCUCGAGAAGAGCCUGGCCAACCUGUGAGAUGGCUGGGUCUUGUUAUUGACCAUCUGGUUCCCAUAUAGGUCACUACUUUGGCUAAGAGCCCUUUGCUCUUAGGUGUGUUAUUGUGAACGGGCUUUCUUAGGAUAUUUUCCUGAGGACUCUCAGCAUAUCAGGUGUGUCUCAACAGUCUCUCAAGACUCCAGACUCGAAUCACUAUACUAUGAUGAAGUGAAUAACUUCUCGUGCUGACGUCACAAGGUCAUGUGAUGUAGUGAAUGCCAGUUUGCACAAAAAAAAAUCUGAUAAUGACAAAGUGUUUGCUAUUCUCCAGCAGGUGUUGUUACUAUACGUUUCAGUGUUUCCACUAUAUUCCCCUACACUUUUGCCCCCCUAAAAAAAUCUAUAAAUUAUAACAAUAAAAACCUGUAUAGUAAAAUGUUUUUCAGGGUUAAUGCAAAUGACUAAAACCACAAUAUAUGUAGGAAAGAUAAUGGACCUAUUUAAAAAAAUAUAUAUAAAAAAAAAUUUAGGGAGAUAUUUGAGAACUAACAAAUCACCUAAAUAAAAACUACAGUAAGGGAGAACAUAACAUUUCCAAAAUGGCGUCGAUGUGAUGUUUGAGUCACUCUGAUGGCAAAAUGAGUAGAAUUGCAGGAAACGCUGUUGAAAGGAAAAUCUUGGGUGGAAAAACAGCGUUUCUAGCAAAUGACCCUUUUAUAGUUUCAUACUCACCUACUCCUAUGAAACAGUGUGAACAUCUGCCUACUUGUAUUAUUUGUGUUAAAUUAGCUUUGUCAGACGUCUAGCACUUAAAACCACCCUUUUUGAGAGACAAAUGUUAAUGUGUUUUGAGAUAUUUACUGACUCACCUCUAAUAGAUUACAACUGUUUUGUAUUCCAAAAUCAGCUUUGUUCCUUUCUGGAAUAGUUAAGUUGAAUGUUCAUCAGUUUGUAUAGAUAUUCAGUGUAUUAACAUUUGAGGGGAAAGUUGACCGUGAAUCUGUACCACUGUGUUAGACAAAUAGGAAUGUUAUGUUAUUCAGCUUGUAAAUAAAAUGUCUUUCCAGA